UGACCGGAGCUGGUGUUAUCCUGAAUCCCAAGCUGCCCCAUGUGGAGUUUAGCCUGGAGUGCAGGGAUCUGAUUGGCUCUGGCAGAGACAGGAAGCCCAAUGCUCUAGUCCAGGUUGCUGUCAUCGACCCCCGGGAACAAUACCUGGUCUCCCACGCCUGCACAGAGAUAGUAGAGGGAAGCAGAGACCCGUUGUUCCUGACAGGGGUGACCUUCCCUCCGGAGUACCCUGCCAGCCCAGAGACGCUAGUCAAGCUCACUGUCUACGAUGUGAGAGACAAGGCCCGCGACAAUAGCAGUUUCCUGGGCAGCGCUACGUUCUCCGUUAGCGACCUGCUAAGGUCAAAGGACGAUCAGCUGACUCUCAAUCUAAGGUCUUCUGAUGGUGUGUUGGCGGUGGGGACAGUGUUGGUGAGCCGUAUGAACAUGGGGGAGAUGGAGGAGAGGGACAUGGAUCACAUCACGGCCGACGUGCAGCAGGCCCAGAAGUGCACCUUAAUUUGUGAGUCAUCACAGGGAACCCCAAACGACAAAGAUAAUAGCCCCCAGACGGGUGCUGUCUUUAAGAACCCGGUGUGUAAGGUCUACAGGUUCCAGACGGUGGACAGUAAAUGGAUGCUGGUGAGAGAACAGAUGGAGGAGUGUACGCUGUCCUUCAGUAUCCCCAGACAGCUCCUCCACCUCUACAUCCAGGAAGACAUGAGGAGGAUACAGGAGCUGAGGGACCUUGGGGAACUGUCUCCCCACUGGGACAACCUGAGGAAGGAGGUGAUUGCCCGUUAUGGACAGGUCAUAGCUGUCUACCAGGAGACCCUGGUUGAGCUGAAUAAGAUCACUGGUCCGUCGUUCAAGCCGAGCUGCAGCAAGGCCCAGAGGUAUCUAGAGUUCAUCCCUAUCAACCUGCACACCCAGAGAAUGAGGGUGACGUGUCCUAGAAAAACAGAUGCGUUCUAUGACGUGAUCACGGUGGGGGCUCCAGCGGCCCACUUCCAGGGCUUUAAGGGCGGAGGUCUUCAGCGGCUACUGAGCAGACAUGAGGCAGAGAAGAAGAGUUUCAGCACAGCGUACCAGUGUAUUUAUUACUCCCCGGAGCACACAGCCAAGGCCCAGGAGGUGCUGCACAGUGUGGGCCAGCUCCAGCCUCUCAUCUCUGGCCUGGCAGACCAGCUGCUUCAGGCUGCCCAGCAGCACUCCAUGGCUGGGCUGAGGGAGGCACUCAAGACCCUGGCUGGAAAGACGGAGCAGUUUGUGCACGCGCUCAAAGACGAGCUGGUGAAGAGCGCCUUGCUGGCCCUCCACGCUGCACAGCCCGGCUACGUGACCAAGAGCCAGACCAGGACUCAGAACCAGAACCAGACCCUACCAGGCCACCAGGGUCACAACCACCAGGACCACCAGAGUCCCAGCCAGAGGGGUCAACAAGGCCAGAGUCCACCCCAGAACCCAGGCCACAGUCCUGGGCAGCCAUCGGCUACAGACAGCCCUGUGAUAGUGUGUAAUAAUGUGGAAGGUGGCUCUCAGACGCCUCCCAUCAGAGAAGACGGGCAGACACCUCUGAACUGCCAGGACUCCAUACCGUGCCAUAAGGAGUACGACGAGGAGGAAUGGGACAGGGUGUGGGCGAACGUGGCGAAGAGCCUCAACUGUGUCAUCGCCAUGGUGGACAAGCUCCAGGAGCAGGAACCAAUCAACAACAACCAGGAACAACCAAUCCCUGAGCAGGUCCUGGCUGAUGUCAUCACCUCCCACAACCCUGCAGGGGACUGGCGGGAGCAGCUCUGCCCCCUGGUGGUGAGGUUGAAGGAGUGCGUGGCGGAGGUGGUGGAGCGGGCAAGGAGGGCCAUGACCUUCGUCCUGUUACAGGAGGCGGCCUGCAGCAUCCCCCAGGGACUGUUCCUCAAGCAGAGGAGGGAUGUAGUCUUCAGUCAGGCGCUAGCUGCGUUGGCGUGUGGUUUCGUCAUGAGGCUGUACGCGGGGAUGGAGGAUAAGGGCUUCCUCAGGCAGCUCCACCUAGUGGGCCUGGUGGCACAGUUCGAAAGCCUGCUCAGCACCUACAGUGAGGAGAUUGGCAUGCUGGAGGACAUGGAGGUGGGCAUCUCAGACCUGCACCGGGUGGCCUUCAAGAUCACCCAGGCCAAGACAGACGACCCCUGUGACCUGCAACCUGUAGUCAUCGGCAGGCG